AUGUGGCAUGAAGCAAGAAAGCAGGAACGGAUUAUUCGUGGUAUGAUAGUAGAUUACCGACGUAGGGCAGAACGGCGAAAAGAUUUCUACGAAAAAAUUAAAGCCGAACCAACUCAGUUUUUGCAACUUCAUGGACGACCAUGUAAAAUUCAUUUAGAUCCUGCUAUUGCUGCAGCCGGAGAAGGACCUGCUAUAAUGAUGCCGUGGCAAGGUGAUACCAAUAACAUGAUUGAUCGUUUUGAUGUAAGAGCCCAUUUGGACUAUAUUACAGAAGUAAAGAAUCCCUAUGUACCACCCGAAGAACUAAGCCAAGAAGAAAGACAGUGCAACUAUGAGAGAUACAGAAUUCUUGCACAAAAUGCAUUUCUUGGAAUAAGUGAAGACAAAUUCUUACAACAGUUGGCUAUUGAAGAGCAGUUUGGGGUGACAGUUGAUGAAAAAGAAUUCCAAAAAGAGAAGUUGAAUGAAAAGAAAGGGACUGGUGCUGCUAUAGGCUACAAUUAUAAUGAUCCUGGAGCACCAUCCAUCCAACCGUCUAGCUCUAAUGGCCCUGAGGUUAAGAAAGUGGAUGUGAAAGAUUCUGAUGAUGAUUCCGACCUGGAAAUUAUCGAUGUUGAUUUGAGUAUAGAUGUGAAUAAAAUGGAGGCUUCACAGGCACACGAGUUGAAUGCAGUGGGACCUCUAUUUGGAAUGGCAGGAUGCGAUUUGUUCUCCUUUCUCACCGGUGAUGCAGAUGACGCUGAACAUCAGAAACAACUUCUGAGAGAAGAGAAAGAGAAGGCGAUGUUUUCUGGAAGGAAAAGUAGGAGGGAGAGACGCGCACAUCGAGAUAAGAAACUGGCCACUCGAAUAGUAAGCCCUCCAAGUUAUGCGGCACCGUCGUGUCGGCCACGCUCAGCGUCGCGUUCGGCGACACGCUCUCCAAGCCGCAGUCCAUCGCCCGAUAACGAGAACAUACAAUUCAUCACUUCAUUUGGUGGUGACGAAGAUGACGUCAAACCUUCACCAUCUCAGAAAGUUUUAUAUGCUGAUAAAGUAAAACAUAAUUUAAAGAAGACCGAAUUAUAUGCAGAGGUUGCUCGAAAACCAUCAAAAUUCAGUUCAACAUCAAUACAAGGCAGAUAUUCCCGUCCUCAAAUGGGACCUCGCGGGCCCAACUCGAGGUCAAAAUCGAGGUCGUAUUCCCGUUCCCGUUCAAGAUCAAGAUCGAGGUCGCGCUCGCGCUCAUACAACCCUUAUAGGAAGUCAAAGUCGAGAUCACGAUCAAGGCCAAGAACUUUAAAAAAUAGGCGCUCUCGCAGCCCUUCAAAUAAUCCAACAAAUCGUAACAAUUCGAGGUCAAUGUCGCGCGAAAGUAAUGAUAAAAGCACCCAAAACAAACCAGUCGUGCCGCGUUACUAUGGCCGUCGCAAAGAAGAUAAGUCCUCAAGUGAACUGUCCGUGGACUCCGACUCAAGUGAUACGGCUGAGGAUGAGAAAAAUAAAACAUCAGUGGGCAAUAACUCAAAUACAAACCAGAAUCAGUUACGAUUGUCUGGAUCCAGCACCAAAGGCCCGUCACGAGAAACUUUGACGUUGAAAGAAAAAUUGAAGAGAAAAAUGCAGGCGCAGCUAUCAAAGCAAUUGCGUGCGGAUAAGCGUGCCGAGGCUGAGCGGCAGGCGCGCGAGAGCCGGCGGCAGGCGCGCCGCGACGAGGAGAUGCGCGAGCUGGUCAUUAAGCUGCGUCGCAAGCAACGGGAAAUGAGACAUCAGCUGAACCGACGAUCUAGCGAUGAUAAUUCCGGUAGAAGUCGUAGCGGAUCUUCGUCAAGACAAUCACCAGCAGUAGAGAAAAGAAGGGACUAUAGAAGUCGUUCAAGGACUCCCUCGCCUAAACAGAGACGUGUCCCUGUGUGGGAGUCAAACAAGGAACAGUCGCCCCCAUACAGGUCAAGAACUCAAGAGUUCGGAGAAAAUUCACACUAUCCAAGCAAUCCUAGAAGACGGUAUCAAGACAAUUCGGAAAGUCAUUACAGUCGCGAUGACAGAAGAUACGAAGAUGAAAGACCUCAAAGUACCCAUUCCAGCAGAUACGAAAAGUAUCCUAACAGAGAUUACGGCAGUCGAGGCUAUGAGCAUUCCCGCCAAGAGCAAAAUUAUGAAAACAAAUGGGAACAAGAAAAGAGCUACCAUUCGGAUAGAAAAAGACCUUUCGGGCCUAGAGGAGGAUAUAAAAGUCAGAGUUAUAAAGGAGGACCACCACAAAGACAUGGCGAUGGAUCAUCUAGUUGGCAAUCGCAUAGCCAACAAGAUGGUGGGAAAGAAAGCGCAGAAAGUUACUCUAAAAGUAAAAUUAAACUUGUCGAUUAUUAG